AUGUCUGGCAAAGACCCUUGGGCUGAUUUUGCUCCAGCUCCAGAAGAUGAUGCCUUUCUUGAAGACUCGGACUUUUCUUCAGAAAAAGAUGCUCUCAUUGUUAUUAUAGAAUCCACUUCUUCAUUUUAUGAUUUCCCCACAGACUCCGUUUCGCAAUCAGGCCCCGUCCCCCAGCGAAGACUCAUGAUCUUGCUAAAGCAUAUCCAUGCUGCGCUUUUCAAGCGUACGCUCAGAGAAAAAUAUAGUAUGGCUGCUAUUGUUCUCUUUAAUACCAAAAACUCAGAAGGCCCUUGUAAGGUACUCAUGGACCUUGCAAUCCCUUCAAUUGCAGAACUCCAGAAUUUAAACCUUUUGGCCACUUCUAUUACCCAUUUUGAAGAAACUUUUGCUCCUGCAACUGACCCUUCUGCUUCUUCUUUUUCUACAACUACUACAAACGGUCUAGUAGCUGCCUUAGAUACCGCUGCUUCCAUGUUCUCUAAAAACCGAUUCCGUACUUAUACCUCUCGCCGCGUUCUGCUCUUCACCGACCGCGAUGCACCUUUGGAUUCCCACGAAAUCAAACUUGCCGCUAAAACUCGGAUCCGUGACCUCUCUGCUGCAGGUGCUUCUCUUAUCCCUUGUUUUGUGCACCCGGCUUCCGGGGUCCCGUUCGACAUUCGCCGCUUUUACGAAGACAUUAUCGUGGCUACUGACGCAGACACACCGCUCAUCACGGCCCCCUGCUCGCUUGCAGAAGCACGCAAUGCUCCGGCACUUUUGGCAGUUCAGGCAUCCCCCAAACGUGCCCUAUUUCAUGCCCGAUUCGAUCUUACAAAAUCAUUAAGCAUAGGCGUACGUGCUUACGCCCUUGUCUCACCACAAAAUGUCCCCAGACCUGUAGAUGUCCUUGCAGUCACAGAUCGCACCAAAAAUAUCACAGAACGGAUACCCGCUGUGCGGAAACGAAUUGCCAUUUCUACAGAAACAGGCAAAACCCUCAAACCUGAGGAAGUUGUGCGCGCAUACAAGUUCUCGGACAUGUUUGUGCCAUUCAAUUCAGAUCAAAUGACUGCCAUGCGCAACUUUGGCACUCCUGGAAUCCGGUUGCUUGGUUUUAAAGAUGCGACAGCGGCCGGCUGGGAAUACAGUUUGGAAAAGGCUUAUUUUCUAUACCCUUCAGAAACACAUUACGUGGGGUCAUCGCGGACAUUUGCAGCAUUGCACCGUUCACUCACUGAAAAGAAAAAAGUGGCACUCGUAUGGGCCGUCUUGAGAGUCAAUGCACCCCCGCGCAUCGCAGCCAUAGUCCCACACGGACCCGUUAUUACCAAAGAGAGCGAAGAAAGCGUCAAGGAAACUGCACAGCACCCGACGUUCCCUACAGGACUUUACCUGGUGCCGCUCGCAUAUGCAGACGACCUAAGACACUUACCUCCAGCAGCCACGAACAAAACAGCUCGGACGACUCUUCCGUCUACGGAACUCGUAGCUUCGGCUAAGACGCUCGUUCAAGCACUGCGCAUGAGUAUCGGGUACUCCCCGCGGCGGUACCCGAACCCACAUCUUUCCCAUUUUUACCAAACGCUUCAGCGAGCAGUUUUUGAAGAAGAAGAGGAUGAUGAAGAUAAAGAAAAGGCUAAAAUGGACGGGACACGGCCGAAAUACAAUUCGAUUUAUAAACGCGCCCGCGAAGCAACAUUGACAUGGACUAAGGAACUCAGACGGCUGGAGUACCAACCAGCUCAAAUGUCAAACUACGCUGCAAGUGUUACAGGUAAACGCGCGAGAGACAAUGACUCUGCAUCAAUUCCUGCGUCCAAACGGUCAGCAUUGAAUGGUGACUAUGUAGCGACAGAUGAUACCUCGGCAGAGGCUCGCGGUACUCGGCGGCCCCGUAAUGCUGGCGCGACUACUGAAACUGCAUCUUUGGAGAGAGCGAUAGAGCACCCGUUAUUUGAGCGAUUAUUACGAGAUAAGAUCAUGUUACCACUGAACACACGGUUUGAUGAUUUGAGUGUAACAGAGUUACGAGAGUUUGCGGAUGUGGCCGGGAUUGCGACGCGUGCAUCGACCAAGGCGGGGUUACGAAGCGCAGUAUCGCGGUAUUUUGAAGAGCACUUUGAGAAAUGA